GUACGGCAGCGUUGCUUUGAUUUCAGAUCUGUUCUUCUACGAACUAAAAUUUAAAAAAAGUGAAGAAGAUUGGGAUUUGGAACGUCACUUCACUUUUCUUCUUCCUUACUCAACCAAGAUCAAAUCCACCAAUUCUGAGCGCUUUUUUCAAUCGAUUUGCAGUCAAAUGCGGAGCUUCAAUCGUUAACCUAAAACCUGCAGAUUUGAAGCACAGGAUCUAGGUUUUUUUUUUUUUUUUUUUUUUUUUUUUUUUUUUUUUUNCUCACUAUGGAGAGCUCGGAGAAGGUGGUUGCUGUUAUCAUGGUCGGCGGUCCAACUAAAGGUACUAGAUUUCGGCCUCUUUCAUUCAAUACUCCGAAGCCUCUCUUCCCUCUGGCUGGUCAACCGAUGGUUCAUCAUCCUAUUUCUGCUUGCAAACGGAUACCGAAUUUAGCUCAAAUUUUUCUUAUUGGAUUUUAUGAGGAGAGGGAAUUUGCUCUUUACGUUUCUUCAUUGUCCAAUGAGUUGAGACUGCCAGUGAGGUACUUGAAGGAGGAUAAACCACAUGGCUCGGCAGGAGGAAUUUAUUACUUCAGAGAUAUUAUCUUGGAAGACAGCCCGUCUUACAUUUUUCUAUUAAAUUGUGAUGUUUGCUGCAAUUUUCCGCUUCCAGACAUGCUUGAGGCACAUAAGAGAUACGGUGGGAUGGGAACUAUAUUAGUAAACAAGGUUUCUGCCGAAUCUGCUAAUCAGUUUGGUGCACUGGUUGCUGAUCCGGUCACGAAUGAGCUGUUGCAUUACACAGAGAAACCUGAGACUUUUGUGAGUGAUUUAAUAAACUGUGGUGUAUAUGUAUUUACCUCGGAAAUUUUUGGUGUCAUUCAAGAUGUCUCGAUUCAUCGGGAAGGCAGAGCAAAUCUACGACGUGUCUCCAGCUUUGAAGCUCUACAAUCUGCGACAAGGAACCUGCCAACAGACUUUGUGAGAUUAGAUCAAGAUAUUUUAUCCCCCCUUGCUGGAAAGAAACGCUUAUAUACAUAUGAGACCAUGGAAUUUUGGGAACAAAUCAAGACUCCAGGGAUGUCUUUGAAGUGUUCGGGCCUUUAUCUUGCUCAGUUUCAAUUAACCUCUCCCCAUCUUUUGGCUGGUGGAAAUGGUACCAGGACUGCUACUAUUAUUGGCGAUGUCUACAUACAUCCAUCAGCAAAAGUACAUCCCACUGCAAAGAUUGGUCCCAAUGUCUCUAUUUCUGCUAAUGUUCGCGUGGCUGCUGGUGUGAGGCUUAUAAAUUGCAUCAUCUUGGAUGAUGUUGAAAUUAUGGAAAAUGCUGUUGUCAUAAAUUCUAUUGUUGGAUGGAAGUCAUCAAUCGGGAAAUGGUCACGUGUCCAGAUCAUUUAUAAGAACAUGACAAGAAAAAUGAUGUUCCUCUUUUCAAGGCUUCUUGAUCAAAAGGCAAACGGGGACUACAAUGAUAAGCUUGGAAUUACAAUCCUCGGUGAAGCUGUGAUUGUUGAAGACGAAGUUGUGGUUACAAACAGCAUAGUCCUCCCAAAUAAAACCCUCAACCUUAGCGUACUUGAGGAGAUUAUUUUAUAACCCAUUCACCGUUCUCUUCUCUUUCUCUGUACUAAAAUUACAAACAAUUUUUCCACUCCAUGGGUCUGACUUCAGGCCACUGGUUCAUUAGUUUCUUAACCUCCAGAAUUUCAAUUUGCCAUAUAUAUUGAGUUCUAUCCUAUAUAUUAUUAUUGCAACAUGUUUUGAUAUCAAUAUCAGUGACUGCCAAUUUCCCUCUUUUUUCAUA